AUGAAGACUCAAGAAGUCUGUAUUCUGAAGAAUAAAUUAAAUAUACUCCUCACACAAAUUUUGAAUGAAUAAACACUUGUAACACCCUCUUCCAUUCAUCAUAAUGAUAAUAUAUUACCUAUUGAAGUCCCUUACAAUAAAGUGUUAUCAAUCUAAUAUAUAUUGACAUCAUAGGGUAUUCUUGAAAGAGAUGGAAAUAUUGUUUAUUUGAAUCCUAAUAUUAUUGAUGCAUUCGUUAUCAAUAACUUAAUCUAUAUUCAAUUGAAAGAUUAGUUUUUAUUGCAUAAUACAAAUACUCAAGAGCAAUACGUUAUUUUGAACAAUAUGAAUAUUGAAAGCUUUGCUAUUAGUUAUCCUAAAGUAGCAAUUGAAUCUUCUUACUAUUAUAUAUUUGAUGAUAAGACAAGAAGCUUGAUUAAGGUUGGAAACACAGAAAAAAAAUAAAAAAUUGGAUGUGCUUUUUAUUAGUCAUUUCUAUUUUGUGGACGACCUAAUGGUAUUUUAUGGAAAGCUAAAAUGACAGGUGAAGUAUAGUCAUCCUUUAAAUUUGCUGGUCUUAAAUUCAAUCAGAUAAAUAUCGUAAAUAAUUAUCUCUACAAUAUUAAUCAAAAUGUAUGCACUAUCAUUCUCAUUGAUGAUAUGACUAUUUUUACUACUAUUGAAUUGACUUCCUAAUAAAUCUUUUUCUCUAAACAUAAGUUACUUUACUUUGAUUAAGAUUAUUUGUAUACUCUUCAAAUUUUAAACUUAGAAGAUGCCUUUAAUUAAUAUGCUUUAUAAAGUGAUCCCAAAGCUAUUGAACUCUUUAAAAAUCAUACUUAAUUAUAAACUUAUCAAAAUGGAUUAUUACUAUAUAAAUAUAAAUCUAAUGAUAUUGAUGAGAUUUUAUAAAAUUUAUAACGAGAAUAGUUUAAAUUUAAAUUUGUUGCCAGCAAAAAUCUCAUACCUAAUAAAUCCUAAAUCUAAUUUAAGAAUGACAUAAACCCGAAAUAAUGCUGUUAAUGGUUAGCCAUAGAUCCUAUCAUUUCAAAUCGGUAAGAAGACUUAAGUAAUGUCAUCGAUAAGAUUAAUAGCAAACUAUUUUAAUAUAAAGGAAUGCAAAAAUUAAGAAAGUAUUUAAAUGUUAAAUAAAUUAACAACUUAAAUAUGUUACAUAGUUAAAUAAUAAAGAAUAUUAAAGUAUUCAAAAAGUGGGAAUUGUUGAUAAUCCAACAAAAUUUUAAGUAUUGUAGAAAUUUGAAUUUAGAACAUUAAUUUUGUAUACAAUUAAUCCGAGAAUAGAUUAAAUGGAGAAAUAAGCAGUUAGAGGAUAGAAUUUGA